CCCCUCGGUCUGCUUGUUGUUUCAGCUGUAUUACUGCAGUGACAGCUCGCUGAAGGACACACGGCUCUCCUCCUGUUGCUGUGACACACACGGACACAACAGACAGGAGACCACGACCCUGUUCACUUUGAGCAGAACCACAUAAUGCUGCCUCAGCACCUGAAGCAAAUCAGAGUCCUUAUGCUGAACAACAAGGAAAGUCUGGAAAGAACUUUGUUCAGACUUGAACAAGGUUUUGAGUUGCAGUUCCGCUUGGGUCCAAGCCUUCAGGGGAGAAAGGUUAUAGUUCACACCAACUACCCGCCUGAAGGACAAGCCUUUAACCGCAACAGCUUCCGUGUUUUAGCAUGGAACUAUCCAACAGGAAAGGAGGAGGAUUCUGAUAAGUUCUGCUCACUGGAGCUCAAGACUGCUGGAUCCUACCAGUACUACUUUGGAUACAAAGGGGAGGAGAGGUUAGGAGGAGGCUACAUUGUUGUCGACCCUGUCCUUCGUGUUGGCGUAGACAACCAUGUCCUCCCAUUGGACUGCAUCACCAUCCAGACAUACCUGUCCAAAUGUCUGGGACAUCUGGACGACUGGACAGACAGACUGAGAGUGGCCAAGGAGUCAGGGUACAACAUGAUCCACUUCACUCCUCUGCAGACUUUAGGAGAGUCCAGGUCCUGCUACUCCUUAGCUGACCAGCUAACGUUCAGCCCUGAGUUCAGCCCAAAGGGUCUCAGUUAUACCUGGGAGGAUGUGGGGGCUCUGGUGGAGAAGCUAAGGACAGAGUGGAAUGUGCUGUCCAUUACUGAUGUGGUGUACAACCACACAGCUGCAAACAGUGUGUGGAUCAAAGAKCACCCAGAGUGUGGCUAUAAUCUGGUCAACUCUCCUCAUCUGCGUCCUGCCUGGCUGUUGGACAGAGCUAUCUGGCAUCUCACCACCAAGGUUGCUGAUGGCCUSUACAAAGACAAAGGACUUCCUCCUGACAUUACCAAUGAAAGCCAUCUGAAUGCAAUUCGCAGUGUGUUUUGGAAAGAUGUUUUUCCCCAGAUCAAACUGGAGGAAUUCUUCCAGGUCAAAGUGGAAAAAGUUGUGGAGGUCUUCAGAGUCCUGCUGCAAAAUGGCAGUAAGCCCGAUCAUGUUAAGUCUGGAGGAAAGAAGGAGCUGAAGAUCAUCCAGGACCCAGAGUAUCGUCGUUUUGGCAGCACAGUAGACUUGGACUGUGCUUUGGAAACAUUUGUGCCUCACAGCUCAUCUCCACAGCAAAUAGAGGAGUGCUGUGGAAGGCUGAAAAACAGGCUCAAUGAGCUAAAUGAAGAACAGAACCACAUUGUGCACCAGCAUCAAGAGCAGGCAGUCAACUGUGUUGUGGGGAACAUUGUGUAUGAACGUCUGGCUGACCAUGGUCCCAAACUGGGUCCUGUUACCAGGAAAACUCCUCUAGUCACCAGGUAUUUCACCUUCCCAUAUGAAGAMAUGAGUUUUGAACAAGAGCUGGAGCUGCUGGACCAUCCAGAAAAGAUUAGCCACUUCUUGGCUCACAACGGUUGGGUGAUGGGUGAUGAUCCACUGCGCAACUUUGCUGAACCAGGCUCAAAUGUUUACCUGCGUCGGGAGCUGAUCUGCUGGGGUGACAGUGUCAAACUCCGCUAUGGUAGUGGACCUGAAGAUUGUCCAUACCUUUGGGACCACAUGCAGAAGUACACUGAAACCACAGCCAAAUAUUUCCAUGGAGUCCGACUGGACAACUGCCACUCUACACCAUUACAUGUUGCUGAG